CCCUCUCCCCGCCUCCCUCCGCUCUCCCCCGCCCUCCUCUCCGCGCCUCGCCUCCUCCGCCCCGCGCCCUGCGGUGCUGCAGCUGCGGGCGGCUCCAGCUGCCCCCAGAUGUGGGCUGGGCGGCGCGCGGGGAACUUUCGCGCCGGCUGCGAGUGCGGGGCCCCGGCUGCGGUCCGGCUGCCAUGGAUCCGCCGGCGGGAGCCGCUCGCCGCCUGCUCUGCCCCGCGCUGCUGCUGCUGCUACUGCUGCCGCUCCUGCUACCGCCGCUGCCCGCGGACGCCCGGCUCGCCGCCGCCGCCGACCCCCCAGGCUGGCCCCAGGGGCACGGAGCGGAGCGCAUCCUGGCGGUGCCGGUGCGCACUGACGCUCAGGGCCUCUUGGUGUCCCACGUGGUGUCGGCGGCGACGGCGCAGGCUGGGGUACGGGCCCGCAGGGCUGCCCCUGUCCAGAUCCCGGGUUUCUCUGGAGGCAGCGAGGAGGACCCUGGCGGCCGCCUCUUCUACAAUGUCACGGUCUUCGGCCGAGACCUGCACCUGCGGCUGCGGCCCAAUGCCCGCCUCGUGGCGCCCGGGGCCACGGUGGAGUGGCAGGGCGAGUCGGGCGCCACCCGCGUGGAGCCCCUGCUUGGGACCUGCCUCUACGUCGGAGACGUGGCCGGCCUGGCUGAAGCCUCCUCUGUGGCGCUCAGCAACUGCGACGGGCUGGCUGGCCUGAUCCGUAUGGAGGAGGAGGAGUUCUUUAUCGAGCCCCUGGAGAAGGGUCUGGCGGCAAACGAGGCUGAGCAGGGCCGUGUGCAUGUGGUGUAUCGCCGGCCGCCCACCUCCAGACCCCCUCCUCUGGGGGGGCCACAGGCCCUGGACACAGGCACAUUUGCAAGAAGUCCUGCCAUCCCAAGACAAGGGCUGCAAACUCAAGAGACCUGCAGCGCCCGGCAGGCAAUGCCAAUGAGGACAAUGGCAGAGGGGACCUCCCCGAGCGGCCUGGACAGCCUCAGCCGUGCCCUGGGCAUCCUGGAGGAGCGAGUCAACAGCUCCAGGCAGAGGGUGCGCAGGCAUGCUGCGGACGACGACUACAACAUCGAGGUCCUGCUGGGGGUGGACGACUCUGUGGUCCAGUUCCACGGGAAGGAGCAUGUGCAGAAGUACCUGCUCACCCUCAUGAACAUUGUCAAUGAAAUUUAUCACGAUGAGUCCUUGGGGGCCCACAUCAAUGUCGUCCUGGUGCGGAUAAUCCUGCUGAGCUACGGGAAGUCCCUGAGCCUCAUUGAGAUUGGGAACCCCUCUCAGAGUUUGGAGAACGUUUGCCGCUGGGCCUACCUCCAGCAGAAGCCAGACUCCGGCCACGAUGAGUACCACGAUCACGCCAUAUUCCUCACACGGCAGGACUUCGGGCCUUCAGGCAUGCAAGGCUAUGCGCCUGUCACCGGGAUGUGCCACCCCGUCCGCAGCUGCACCCUGAACCACGAGGACGGCUUCUCCUCAGCGUUCGUGGUCGCCCACGAGACUGGCCACGUGCUGGGCAUGGAGCACGAUGGGCAGGGCAACCGCUGCGGUGACGAGGUGCGGUUGGGCAGCAUCAUGGCGCCCCUGGUGCAGGCAGCCUUCCACCGCUUCCACUGGUCCCGCUGCAGCCAGCAGGAGCUGAGCCGCUACCUGCACUCCUAUGACUGCCUGCGGGAUGACCCCUUCACCCACGACUGGCCAGCGCUGCCCCAGCUCCCGGGGCUGCACUACUCCAUGAACGAACAGUGCCGCUUUGACUUCGGCCUUGGCUACAUGAUGUGUACCGCGUUCCGGACCUUUGACCCUUGCAAGCAGCUGUGGUGCAGCCACCCUGACAACCCCUACUUUUGCAAGACGAAGAAGGGGCCUCCCCUGGAUGGGACCAUGUGUGCACCUGGCAAGCACUGCUUUAAAGGACACUGCAUCUGGCUGACACCUGACAUCCUCAAGCGAGAUGGCAACUGGGGUGCCUGGAGUCCCUUCGGCUCCUGCUCGCGUACCUGCGGCACAGGUGUGAAGUUCAGGACCCGUCAGUGCGACAACCCACACCCAGCCAAUGGGGGUCGCACCUGCUCAGGCCUUGCCUACGAUUUCCAGCUCUGCAACUCCCAGGACUGCCCUGACGCCCUGGCUGACUUCCGUGAGGAGCAGUGCCGGCAGUGGGACCUAUACUUCGAGCAUGGUGACGCCCAGCACCACUGGCUGCCCCACGAGCACCGGGAUGCCAAAGAGAGAUGCCACCUCUACUGCGAGUCCAAGGAGACUGGGGAGGUGGUGUCCAUGAAGCGCACAGUGCACGAUGGGACGCGCUGUUCUUACAAGGACGCCUUCAGCCUCUGCGUGCGUGGGGACUGCAGGAAGGUGGGCUGUGACGGGGUGAUCGGCUCCAGCAAGCAGGAGGACAAGUGUGGUGUGUGUGGAGGGGACAACUCCCACUGCAAGGUGGUCAAGGGCACAUUCACACGCUCGCCCAAGAAGCUCGGUUACAUCAAGAUGUUUGAGAUCCCGGCAGGAGCCAGACACCUGCUUAUCCAGGAGGCAGACACCACCAGCCACCACCUGGCCGUCAAGAACCUGGAGACAGGCAAGUUCAUUUUAAAUGAAGAGAAUGACGUGGAUCCCAACUCCAAAUCCUUCAUUGCCAUGGGUGUGGAGUGGGAGUACCGGGAUGAGGAUGGCCGGGAGACGCUGCAGACCAUGGGCCCCCUCCACGGGACCAUCACUGUCCUGGUCAUCCCGCAGGGGGACGCCCGCAUCUCGCUGACCUACAAAUACAUGAUCCAUGAGGACUCGCUCAAUGUGGAUGACAACAAUGUCCUGGAGGACAAUUCCGUGGGCUACGAGUGGGCCCUGAAGAAGUGGUCUCCCUGCUCCAAGCCCUGCGGUGGAGGGUCCCAGUUCACCAAGUAUGGCUGCCGCCGGAGGCUGGACCACAAGAUGGUGCACCGAGGCUUCUGCGACUCCCUCUCGAAGCCCAAAGCCAUCCGCCGGGCUUGCAACGCGCAGGAGUGCUCCCAGCCCGUGUGGGUCACGGGCGAGUGGGAGGCAUGCAGUCAGAGCUGUGGGCGGACGGGCAUGCAGGUUCGCUCCGUGCGCUGCAUUCAGCCGCUGCACAACAACACCACCCGCUCCGUGCACACCAAGCACUGCAAUGACGCCCGACCCGAGGGCCGCCGGGCCUGCAACCGUGAGCUCUGCCCCGGUCGGUGGCGGGCCGGACCCUGGUCCCAGUGUUCGGUAACCUGUGGCAACGGCACCCAGGAACGGCCGGUGCUCUGCCGAACCACGGACGACAGCUUCGGGGUCUGCCGGGAGGAGCGGCCCGAGACGGCCAGGAUCUGCAGGCUUGGCCCCUGUCCCCGAAACAUCUCAGAUCCUUCCAAGAAGAGCUACGUAGUUCAAUGGCUGUCCCGACCGGACCCCAACUCACCAGUCCAGAAGACCUCGUCAAGGCCACAUCCCUCCAGGCUGGAGCUGCGGGUCGGAAAUCGAGGCGGAGCCCGCCCGCGUCCCCUUUCAAACGCCGCCUACCAGCGAGGCGAGGCCAGAGGGGUCUCGCGGGUGUGCAGUUUUGCGUCGCCGUCCUGGGCGCCCGGCCCGUUUCCGGCAGUGUGUCGGCGGCUCCCUGGCCACCUCUGCUGUUGCUGCUGCUGCUGACCCUGUGCUGUGUGUCCUCCUGACUCGUGUGACCGUGGCCUGCUUCCUGUGGCCUUUGUGUCCAGCUCACACAACCCUUGGCCCCCGUACCCUGUCCCCUUGGGGGUUCAGGCCAAGCAGAGGAGGCAGGGGUCGUGUCCCCGCAGUGGGACAUCAGGACACACCACCACUUCCAUUCUCUGUCCAUUCGCUCCAAUGGCCUUUCUCAUCGUGCACACACGACCCCGUGCACGGGCGCGAGAGAGUGAGAGUGAAAGGCUGUCUCACGUGGAUGCGGCCACCUACCCGUGUGAACAACUACAGAAUUACCUCAAUUUUUAUCGCUUUUUUGCUUAGAUAAAACUAUGUAGAAGAUGCCUUAAAGUUGAAAGGUAACAGAAUUGGCUGCUAGCAACCCAGGCAGGAGGCAGGCAGUGCAAUCUAGAGGGAGGCGGCCCGCUCAUCCACCUUUGGUCAAGGGUAAGGCUUCCCAGUCCAGUCUGUACAGGGCUCCAGGCACGGGCUCACCUCUGCGGAAAGGAGACCCGCUCCACGGCCCGAGCGGCCCUUCGGCGCUGACUGUUGUUGGAGCCCCGAGCACUCUGCUGCCGGCGCUGCCUUACACCAGGGGGCGACUGGCCUGGCCCUGGGCGUGACCAGUGUAGCACUCCCGCCGGUCACCCCCCCACUCGCCCCAGCCCCGUCCCCUGUUCAUAGCAUCCCCGCUGGACAGCGCCCAGCCCUCCCCUGGCACUAGUUACUGUUAUGUAAAUACUCGGUGUAACACAUACUAAUUCUCAUGACUGUUAACUUCCAACUUUGACUUAGGCAAUGCGAGUGACAUGAGUGACUCUGGGAAGGUGCAAUACGGUCCUGAGCAUCGUGCUCUCUGUCUAUAUGCACUUUGGUUUAUCAGGGAUAUUUUAUUAGUGUUUUGUAUGUAUUCAAUGACGUAUUAUAUAGGUUCCAUUGUCGUUGCUUUUCCGGUUUUUUUAUGAGACAACAUUAGUGUGUGCCAAAGUGACUGUGAAAAUGACCUUUUGCUCUUACUAACAGUGGAAAGACUUCCUGUUAUGCAUCCCACAAAUAAACUCAAUAAAAGUUCAGUGAAACUGGGUGCUUGGGUCUGGCACGCUGCUGCCUCCUUCUCUUCACCUCUGCGACCGACGGUGCUGCAGGGCUGCAGGUGCCGUUCUGGUCCAUUACUUCCUUGGUUUCUGAUUCCAGUGACUUUCCUGUCCCCCUUACCCUGCCCAACGUAGAUACUGAGGGCCCCUCCCCCACUGAGGCAUGUGCCCCCUCCUCAGGCAUUUUUCAAAAUGUGACAACAGCCCGUGCAGACACCCCACCGGCAUUCUGAGUUUUGAAUCCUUAGUGCUAAACAAGCACCUUGCAGGAACACCUUGGCUGUCUCCUUGUGGAUGAGUUCUCACAGUUGGGAAAGGGGCCCCAUGUGAGCUUCUCCCCGUCUUUGGGAUCCCAGCCCGUGGAGUGGGAAUAUGGGGUUAGUAGCUGAGACAGUGUCCGGGUCACCGUGCCCUGAGCCACCAUCAGGCCACUGCCCUGGCUCCUGGCACAGCUCUCAGCCUUGGGCUACCUGUUCAGGGAGGGAACAGGUCUGUCUGACCCGGGUAGGGGCUGCGCUAGCCUUAGGAGAGUCUGGGUUGGGAGAAGGGCAAGGCAGCCGAAGGUCUAAGCGCCUGGCUUGCGACAUUCACACACGGGUGUGCUCAGCUGUGCCUGCCUUGUCUCCCGAGGCCUACCCUCAGGAGACGCAGGGCCUGUGUGUCCACUCCCCUUGCUGACAAGGACCACACAGCAGGUCAGGGUCCAACCAGGGACCUCCUAAUCUGGGGCCUGGGCCAUGUCCUGCCAGGGGGCAUCUCUCCCUCCCUUUCCCAUGAAGGAGUCCCGUUCCGGGGAGGAGGGAGGUCAUGAGAAAAGACAGCUACCCAGCGCCAUGGAGACGGGCAUCAGGGCACAGGGCCGGGUUCCAGGUGCCAGCCUUCGGGUGGGGGUCACAGUAGCUGUGGCUGGGGUCAGCCUGCCCAGAGCUCUGAUCAUUGAAAGACUCCCAGCUCAAGAGACAGGAGACCAAGACAACUGUGU